AUGCAGAGCGCGUGGCAGACGUUCCGCACCGCCUUCUUCGCCCCAUUCGACGAGGAGCGCCUGGUGGGCGCCGGGGCGGAGGUGCUCAUCGAGCUGCUCGUCUACUCUGUCCUCGUUGUCGUGCUGUAUCUCGAGCUCAGGACCUCCUCUCAGUCGGCCGAGGCGAAGGAGAGGCAGCUGCUUCAGCGCAUAGAUGCACUCGAGCGGAAGGUCAAUGAGCUCAUACAGGACCACCACGAAGGCGCGUUGGAUGCCCUUCAAACCCCAGAGCCAGUAGUAGUGAGCCGUCUCGGCCGGAUCACGCAGAAACUCAACGGCCUUCUUUCAGCGGUUUUGAUUUAA